GGUUACUACUCAAUCUUUCUCUUGGCCGCGUUACUUCCUCAUUACGGCACCGUUUCACUGCUUUUAUAUACAAUAAAAUAUUCAAAGCGUUUUCAAUUCAAUCCCCCUUGAACCCACCAUUGGGACACACUAAUUCAAACUUUACCUUCUCCACUUUCUAUAACCAUUUUUUUUUUAAUAUUGAAUUUCUUCGUAAUUUUGACCCAGAUUCGUGUUCUUCCAAGUUGUUGUCACAACAGUAGCGUAUCUGCUUCUGGAUUUGAAUAUUCAAUUAUUUACAAUACCCUUUUGGGGGCCCCGGAUUCAGUUUCUUUAAUACAAGAGAUUUUGGGGUUCCUUUGUGGGCAUGCAUUUCGCGUGUAAUCAGGUUCAGGAUUGGAUUUGGAUCAAUGGGUUUCUAUAAAGCUUGCAAUUUUGGUGUAAGGAGUGCUGAUUUCAGUUAAGGGGUGGUUUUGAAGAUUCUUUUUUUUUUUUUUUUACUCUUUUUGGGGUUUGAAGGGGAUGGAUUUUAUGGAAGUUUCAAUCUUGCAUCAUGCGGGGAUCGUGCUUAUUGGGCUAUGGAUUCUCUCUGCAUUCAACUGGUGUCACACGGUUGCUUAUUUUGUGGCUUUGAUCUAUCUUUUUCUGGUUCAUGAACGUUAUGUCACGAGGUUGCGGAAGAAGUUGCAGUUUGAGGAGAGGAAGCAAGCUAAUCAAAGAAGGGUGCUUUCAGAUUCUGAAACAGUCCGGUGGUUGAACCAUGCAGUUGAAAACAUAUGGCCAAUAUGUAUGGAAAACAUUGUCUCUCAGAAGAUAUUAUUCCCUAUCAUACCGUGGUUCUUAGAGAAGUACAAACCUUGGACUGCUAAAGAAGCUGUCGUUCAGCACCUAUACAUGGGAAGAAACCCACCUUUGAUCACUGAAGUUAGGGUUCUUCGCCAGAGUGAUGAUGAUCACUUGGUUCUGGAGUUAGGAAUGAAUUUUCUCACAGCUGAUGAUAUGAGUGCAAUACUUGCUGUGAAACUAAGAAAAAGAUUGGGCUUUGGAAUGUGGGCAAAACUGCACAUUACGGGAAUGCAUGUUGAAGGGAAGGUCUUAGUUGGGGUGAAGUUUCUCCCAACAUGGCCUUUUAUUGGCCGUUUGCGUGUAUGCUUUGUUGAACCUCCAUAUUUUCAAAUGACUGUCAAACCUAUGUUUACUCAUGGGCUUGAUGUGACUGAACUUCCAGGCAUUGCUGGGUGGCUAGAUAAGCUGCUGUCUAUUGCUUUUGAACAGACCCUUGUUGAGCCCAACAUGCUGGUUGUUGAUGUUGAGAAAUUUGUUUCACCACAACAAGAGUCUUGGUUCAAAGUGAAUGAGAAGGAGCCUGUUGCUUAUGCAAAAGUGGAAGUUAUUGAAGCAUCUGAGAUGAAGCCAUCUGAUCUAAAUGGAUUAGCGGAUCCUUAUGUGAAAGGUCAAAUGGGUGUAUACAGAUUCAGGACAAAGAUACAAAGGAAAACACUUACUCCAAAAUGGCACGAGGAAUUUAAAGUUCCCAUCAUAACAUGGGAGUCUGAUAACGUGCUGGUUAUUGCAGUUCGUGACAAGGACCAUUUCUAUGAUGAUAUCCUUGGGGACUGUACCGUGAACAUCAAUGAAUUUAGGGAUGGGCAAAGACAUGAUAUGUGGCUGUCACUUAAGAACAUGAAAAUGGGGAGGUUGCGUUUGGCAAUAACUAUUCUUGAAGAUAAUGGAAAGGGAGUUGAUACUACUACACGUGACCAGGAAACAAUGGACUUUGAAGAACGAAAAAUCUCCUUUGAAGCAAAUGAGACUACUGAUAAUAGUUCCUUCUCACCUGUUCCACCUGAAAAAUCUGAGAAGUUGGCAGAUAACUAUGAGCCUAUAGACAUCGACGGGCAAAAAGAGACAGGAGUUUGGGUUCAUCACCCAGGAAGUGAAGUUUCCCAAAGGUGGGAGCCUAGGAAAGGGAAGAGUCGGCGCCUUGAUACAGAAAUUCAUGGGGAGCCUAAUGAUUCAGUUGGCAGUGGUAAUUCAACUGUAUCAGGAUCCUUGAACAAUGACAGCAGCAGUCCUGAUAAUAAUCCUGAAGAAAAGCAUCGAAUGAGAACGGUUAGGAAGGGCCUUCACAAGAUUGGUUCAGUAUUCCACCGGAGUAAAAGAAGGGAGGGUUUUUCAGGUUCUGUUGAUGAGGAGAUUCUGUCUCCACAUGAUAACAUUAGGUCAGAGAAUGCUAAGGGGAUGAUUGCUGUGAAGUUUGUCAUGGACGAGAACAUUUCCGGCUUUCAAACUGGUAAGGUUCAGGCAGAAGGGGGAUCAACAGAAGGGAGUGGUCCUGAGAGCCCUGCCAGUGCCAAGGGAAAUGUGAAGGAUAUGGCGAAGAAUAUUUUUAAACAUGCAGAAAAAUCGGCUCGUGGCUUGAGGCACGUUCUUUCUUGUAAAUCAAGGAAAUUGAAAUUUAAAGGUGAGUCUCCAACAGUUCCAGAAAGAGAACAUGAAUCUGACUCUUCUGACGAGGAAUCUAUUGCAGCUCAAUCUCCCAUAGAUGUAAUAAGAACUCCAGUUGGUUCUCAUGCUGUGGUCUCAGGUAGCAAUGGUUCCCCUGGUUCUGGGGUGAACGUGGUUCAAAUAGUUCCAUCAAACACUAAUUUGGACAAUGAAGCCACAGCUAAAAUCACGAAUGAAAAAGAUGACCCUGAAAAUGCAUGCUCCCCUGACAGGUCUAGCCAAGAAGUUGUUAAAUCUACUGAAGUGGAGCAUGAUAAAGAGGAAAUGGGGGCACAGAUAAAAGAGAUUCUAUCGGUUUGUCCUACUGAAGAAAGUUUCAAGUAGCAUAUAGCAUAUUUUCUCCAGCAUUUCAUACCCGUGUUCUUAUAUACAGUCUUCCAAGUGAGUGUUUCUACAGUACUAGGCAGAUUUUGAUUGUAGUAAUAGUCCUGUGAUCGUCAUAGACCGUUUUACAUAAACAUGUUCAUGUUUCAGGUGCUGUAGUUUGUAAGCAUGUAAAUAACUUUAUACAAGGAAUAAAAAAGAAUAAAAGGUUUUCAAUCUAAUUUUGUACUCCUUUACCA